AUGUCACAGAAACCUUUCACUAGUUUAGAAAAUAUUUUAUUUGCUGGUUACUCAAAUAAAAUUAAAGCGAACAUUUAUAACUUAACAUAUAAAAGCUCACUAUUAAAUAAGGACAAUUAUAAUUUAAUUUAUAAAAGUUCACUAUCUGAUAAUAUGGACAAUUAUGAUUUAAUAUAUAAAAGUUCACCUGAUAAGGACACUUAUUCUUUAACAAAUGAAAGUUCACUCAAUAAGAGUGCUUAUGAUCUAACAAAUGAAAGUUUGGAUAUUGAAAAUAAAACUAUUAGAGGACUAAAAGAUAUUACUGAGAACAAUUCAACAAGUACAAGUAGUUACCAGUUAGGUAAGGGAUCUGAUAAUGAAACAAUAAUUAAAUUGACAUCUAUGCAUCUUAAACAUAACCAUACUUUGGUUUCUGAAAAUGCUAUUUUUGCUACUCAAUACUGGAAGCUUAUUGUAGAAAUGAAAGAUCUUAUUGAAAGUUAUAUGCUUUGUAAUCUUGAUGUCCUCUCUCAGUAUGCUAAGGAUCCUGAUUGGUAUGUUCAACCAUUAAUUGACCCAAAAACAAAUAAAUUACAAGACAUUAUUUUAAAUGAUAAUAUGGCAUCAACAAAUACUUAUAACUUACCUUUAAGCAUUUUUGCUAUGUUAUUAGAGCAAACAAUUGAUGCUACAGGAGUCCACUCUGGUGCUUUUAUUAUCGAUGCAGAUUCAGGUCUUGAGAGUAUUGUUCCAGAAAUAUAUCCAAAUACUUACUUUGUUCACUAUACAGUAGAAAAUGUGCCAAUUGAACUUGAAUAUGAUUUUUAUCAAAUACAACUUAAUGAGCUUUUUGAAGGAAUUAAUCAUUCUUUAGUAGCUGAAGUUUGGAAAGUUCAAUCAAUUGAACAUAAGUCUAGUGUUGGAAAACAUAUUAAUACAAUGUUUAUUGAACCACCUGAACAAACUGCUGCAAAAGUGAUUGGUCAGAAGCAAUUGACUAAAGGAACAUUACUUGGACUUGCAUAUAAAUGUGUAAAAUUAGUUGAUUAUGAUGAUUCCAAUGAUUUUGACAGUUUAAUGAAAAUGUUUAAGGAAUGGAUUUAUAAAUAUGAAGAAAUACAAUGCAACAAAGAGAUAAAUAUGCCACCAAAUACUAGACAUGAUGAAGUUUUAAAAUAUAAGCAAGUUACUGAAGAUGAUCAAAAUUUAGAACAAGAACUGAUUAUGGAAAAAGAUCAGUUUAUAGAGAGGAAUCAAAUUUUAGAAAACACUCAAGUUUAUGAAACUACAUACCUUGAUGUUCAGAACCCACUUCGACAUAUUGAAAAAGAGCGACCUACAAAAAAGCAAAUUAAAUUAGCAAUUGAAAGAAAUAAAAAAAUAAAAACAACAA